AUGGCAGUAAGAAAACCUAGAGUGCAUUUAACAGGAAAAUCAAACAUAGACAGACGAUUUGCUUCAGCAAGCCCUGCAAAAAUAAGAGCAGCCCUGCACGAAAGCAAAUAUAAUUAUCAUGAAGAGUUCAUUCCUAACUCCCCCCCCCCCCCCCCGUGAGCGAACAAAACCAUUAGAAAAAUCGCCAUUUUUUGACCAAAAACCCACCCUCCGUGAGUGAACAAAAAUUUUUUUAAUAGAAAAAAUUUUUAUGGAAAAAAAUUUUGAUAUAUAUAAGUGAUAAUUAGUAUAAUGAAAUCUAGAGCUAAUUCUGUUUAAUUUUAAACAAAUUGCGUUUUAAAACAUAAAUUUUGCAAAUUGAAUUAAUAUUUGCUUCCCAAUUUUUGCAAAUUAGGAUUUUUUUAAAUUUCGAAAAAAUAUUUUUUAUAAAAUUUAUAUAUAAAUUUUUUUAAAAAAAAAAAAAUUAACCCCCCUCCGUGAGCGAACAAAAUUUUUUUGUUCGCUCACGGAGGGGGGGGGGGAGUAAGAAAACCAUAAAAGAGCAGCCGUUCGAAGAUCCAAUUAAAUCUCAAAUGUCUUUUUAUGCUACGAACCAGAAACAGUUAAAAACAAAUUUUAUACAAACUAGGCCAAAAACUACAGUCCUUGAAGCAAAAUCGUUUUAUUCCAGGCUUGAACCUAGUUUUGUAAAUAACGCUCACACGAAAUUAUCGAAUUUAGCAAAAUUAGCUUAUACAAGUAAUGAUGGGAACGGCUCCAUGUCAAAUGACCGUUGAUUUUUGACAGUGUGCAUUUCAUCGAAAUCCAUUUGGUCGAAAAUUUUUGAUAGUCCGGACAUUUGGCCGAAAAUUAACAGCUUUUUUCGGUCAAAUGUCUCAAAAUCAAAAAUUUUCGAUCAAGUUUCGGCCAAAAAUUUUUCGGCGAAAUGAGCACUAUCAAAAAGGCAAAGCCAUUUGACCUGCACCCGAUGGGAACAGAGAGUUGGAAAUUUUAAGAAAAAAAUUAAGUGAAAGAUAUAGAGAUUUACCUAAUAUAUCGUUUUAAGGCAGACUUGUUUGAAAAUUGACAAUAUUAGGCAAAUCUGUAUACACAAAUAGGAAAGAUUUUAUGAAAAUUUUUAAUCAAUGAGAUGAAAAAGCUUCAGGAAUUAUUGGUGUAGAGGACUUGCAUAAAAUGGUAAAUAAACUUGGGUUUUCUAUAAGUUUUCAAGAAGCUGAAGCUUUGAUGGACUAUGCUGCUAAUGGAAAUAACAAAACAAUGGAUUUCAAUGGAUUUAAAAAAUUUUUAUCUGAAGAAUUCCAAAACGUAAAAGAAGUAAAAGAUAUUGAUGUUACUGCCGCUCAAGUUAAUAAAAUGAAAACUCAAUUGCAUGGCGUUAAAAAGAAGUUAAAUUCUCAAUUCUUAUGAAUUGACAAAUCAAAAACUGAUAAAAUUUCUUAUGAAAAUUUUGCUGAUGUUUUAUCUAAUAUGAGAUUGCCACGCUGCAAUCAAAAUAGUAUUAAAAAAUUAUAUGAGGAACUUGGAGGAGCUGCAGAUGGAAUUAAUUAUAAAGAAGCGUUAAAAAAGUUAGAAGAAGUAGAAAUAAAUGAAAUUCCUAAUGAAUACCAGUCUAAUCCUCAAACUUAUGCACAGAGUUAUGAAAACUUUUACAAUAAUGAAUUUAAAAUUCAUGAUAGGCAAACUGUGCCUCCAAACCAGCUUGAAAAAAUAAUUAAUCGGGCUAAGAUCGUCCGAGAUUUUUUAAAAGUUUCAUUUGUUUCUCAAGAAAAUUUCAAAAAUAAAUUAUUAUAGAAAUUUCCCAUAGAUGGCGCUGUUUGUCCUUGAUUUGCCCACUGGGUAAAUUUUUUGGUUCGACCAGUACCAUAUGGUUUGGGUCAAACCAAAAAAAUUUUUCCUCAUGGCAAAUCAAGGGCAAAACAGCACUAUCUAUGAGAAAUUUCUAUAAAUGAAAUAGGAAAUAAUUCAAGAAUUUCAAUAGAAAAAUUAAAUGAGCUAGUUAUUGGAACUUUGGAUGAUCAAAGCUCGGCUAAAAUUACACAAAAAGAUUUGGAAGGCUUUUUAUCAUCAUUUAUAUAUAAUAAAGAUAAAGAAAUAGGUGCAGAUACUGUAGCAAAUGCUGUAUUUGUAAAUGACCAGAUUUUUGCUGAUGAGGCUCAGAAGAGAUAUAGAUCAUUGCCGCCUAAUAGAGAAACAAAAAGCUAUACAGAAGAAGACAAGCCUAGACUUAGAAAAAUCCUGAAUGAUUUAGAUAAUAAAUUAUUCAGCCAAGGACCUACAAAUUUAUUUUCGAUUUUUAGGACAUUUGAUAAGGAUGGAGAUGGUAAAAGAUAAUUAGGAUAUAUUACUAUAGAAGAUUUGCAAGUAGGCUUAAAGCGAAAUAAAAUUGCUUUGGAAAACGAAGAUUCUAAUUUAUUAAUGGCAUUUUUAGAUGAAAAUAAAAAAGGCUAUAUCAAUUUUGGAGAAUUUUCCAAGCAUAUCCAGCCAAACAUCGUUGCAAAUCAUUAUGAAGUAUUUUCAGACUCCAAAGAAAAGCAUCUAAACACUAACCAGCCAACUAAAGAAUUUUUAAAAAACCAGCAAAGUACUAUAAACUCCUUUAGUAAGGCUCAUGAAACUAUGAGAAAUUCUUUUAUACCUGACAGCACUUUACUCCCUAAAACUCGAUAUGGAGCUUCUCCACCUCAUAAAGACACUUUUGUCAACAUGGUCCCCAAUCCCUCAUCUGGUAUGUUUAUGUCUGAAAAUGACCGUUUAUAUUCUAAACGAAUGACUCCAAUGACCCUAUCUCUAGAAGACAAACAAAUAAAAGCUAUGAAGCAAGAAGCCAAAGUAGACUAUAUAAGGCAAGCAAGAGAAGAAAUUUUUAAGCUGAAAUCAGAAAAUGAAGAAAAACAGAGAAUGAAAGAAACCAUGAAUAAUUUAAAAAAGUCAGCAAUGAAGCAAGAAUAUGAAAGGAGGCUGAACCCUGAUAAUAAUUUCUAA